CCGCUCACCCAGGUGGCGCCCCUCCGUGGGCCCAGGGGGCGGGGCUGGGGCAUGAUGGAGGCUGAGCCAGCGCCGGACCUCUCCAUGAUGCUGCUGCGAGAGCUGCUGGCGCCAUCGUGUCUGGACCCCGAGCCGCUCCCCGGACCCCCCGCCCAGCAGGCGCCAAGGACCCCAAGAUGCCUCAGACCCAGUAGCAGUUCCUUCUGGCCUGCACGUCAGGACUCCUCCGUCACCAACCUGCACUUCCUCCGAGAGUCAGCAGAGGGGCUGGCCCAGGCCCCUGCCCAGGACCCCCAGGCCCUGGCCCCCUGCUGGGAGCUGAGGGCCCUGGGGGGUUUGGAGCCUCCACCUCUGGCCAGGGGUCCCCCGGCCAUGCCGACCCCUAUCAGUCAGCAAGGAGGCAGCCUGGGGCCUCCCGAGGUUUCCCCAGCCCCUUCAGCCCUGCCUCAGAGGAGACCCCGGAAGCAGUCGAAGCCGCACCAGGGCGCGGAGAAAGUGGACCCUGGGUUCGAGGGAGUGACCCUGAAGUUCCAGAUAAAGCCGGACUCCAGCCUGCAGAUCGUGCACAGCUACAGCCUGGCCAGCAGCAGCCGCUCUCAGGCUCCCCCUACAGGCCCUGAGGCCAACGCAGGAGGCAGCGAGGCCCUGGGGGCCAGGCGCUGUGCUUCUUGUAGGACCCAGAGAACCCCGCUCUGGAGAGAUGCCGAGGAUGGGACACCUCUCUGCAAUGCCUGUGGUAUCAGGUACAAGAAGUAUGGCACCCGGUGCUCCAGCUGCUGGCUGGUGCCCAGGAAAAAUGUGCAGCCCAAGAAGUUAUGUGGAAGAUGCGGGAUGUUCCUGGGCCCCGGCCAAGGCCCACCCCAGGAAGGGGACCCCAGGCAGACGAUCCAGGCCUCGGGCCCCAGAGCCCCCCGCUCAGAGGUUCGCUGGCCCCUUCCGUGGCCGUUGCUGCAGUCAGGCUUGGCCGAGCUCCCACUCAGCAAGUGUUCCCAGUAGGAAUCCGUGCUGUCUGCGAAUAGGAUGGACAAUAAAGAGCAGAACUCCUCAGA